GUCUUGCUGAAGUUCAACCGCACGCCGGAACUGAAACCGUACGUGGUGCUUCAUACUGUGCUGGAUCCAUCUUUGCCGUGGGAGACAACGGUUGUGGUUUGGACUGAUGCGGGCAUACACUUCGUGGGUGACAUGCGCCCGCUCGUCCACGAUUUGCUGCGAGAUUCAGACGUAGCAGCGACGAGGACUCCCAUGAAUGAGGGCGACUUCUCGAAGCGGGAUGCCUUUGUACUACUGGAUGCGGAUGUUCCGAGCAUCAUGGAGACCAAUCAGAUUGCAACCGGUAUCAUCCUGGUUCGGAAGACACGCUUAGCAGUUUCCUUUCUGGAGAGGUGGCUAGCAGCAUGUGAGGACCGACGAAUCAUGACCGAGGAACCUUCCGUACUGGGAUAUCCAGAGUAUCCAUCUUUCAGGAACAACAACGACGACCAAACUGCUUUCUCGUUGCUUUUCAAGCUGCACGGUUUCCGAGCCUUUUCCGUCCAGGAGCGUGAUGCAGUAGUGUACACAGGCCGGAAUCUUGCGAAGUUUGUCAAGGCUUCUAACGACUUCGCCUUAGGUGUGACAUCCGAACGCGACGCGUAUCUACAGGCCGCUGACGCUGCGGCCAACCAACCCUCACCGAGCUCAGCUGUCACCUAA